AUGUCAUCGCAUGAGGGAGGAGACCAUCAACACACCGGCGAUUGCCACCACGAGGAUAAGGGAAAGAAGACAGGGAUCGUUUUGGCGCCAGGAGUCCGCGCCGAUCAAGCAAAACACGCUGAGGGACAUGAGGGACACGAUCAUUCGCAUGAAGGAGAUUGUCAUGAGCAUGACACGAAAACGCACAUUCGAAAGGGUCUCGCCGCAAAUCCCGAUAAUCAUUUCAAUCAAAAGUGUGCAGCGGAAGAGGCCGAGCAUGGCCAUCACGAGCAUUGUGAUCAAGAGCACGCCAAGGCUCACACUCAUGCUCGUCAGGGACACGCUGCCAACCCCGACAAUCAUCAACAC